UGGCUGAGAGCGGUGGGGGGCGGCUGCCCGGGGGUGCCCGGUGCUGGAGGCCCGGCCGGGCCGCUGCCGCGCCGCGCAUGCGCGAGGCGUGCGUACGUCGGGCGGUUGUCGGCCCGCCCUCCGGAAGCGGUGCCAUAGAGUGGCGGCGGGAGGAGCCCCUCUAGGCGGCGCGGGAGGCUUUCUCUCUGUGGUGCGCGGGCGCCGUUGCCAUGGCGGCCGGGCGCGGAGCGGGCCGGCGGGAUGCGGCGAGGCUGCGGAAGGCCCGGCACGGCCCGGACCGGCGGCAGCCACGGCUCGGAGCUCCCCGGCAAGAAGGAGAAGACACGUGAACUGUCCUCCUUAACAAUUGCAGACAAGCCUACACCUGUUUCGUGUGUUCUGCAAGGAGAUGACAUCCAGGCGCUUGCAAUUAAGGUGGAAGACCUCGAGAAACUCCAUGUUCCACACCCUCCCCAUGAUGCUGGGAGAAUUCCGGUUAGGAAGGAAUACCUCGUUCGAAAAUAUCGAUCCAAAGAGACAAAGAAGGUAACAGAUCUCCUCGUGGCAUACCCUGCUUUCCCAAAGGCACCCAGGGAACUGCUGACGUUUGCUGGACCAGAACUGUUUGGUGAUGGCUGUGAAAAGAUUCUGCCCCAUCACAUUUUGGGAAGUCUCAAGGAAUUCAAGGAGGAAGCCUUGGCCAGAGGAAACGCUCAGGAUCAGGUCAGGCCCGAGGUGUGGUUUUCCCAACCUCUCGCACUCUGCGGGGAGGGUUUGCCUUCAGAGAAACUGCACCAACAGGUUUUGAAUUCCUGCGUGCAGGAGAGGGACGUCAUGGAGGGAAGAAUUACAGAGGCUUCCUCUUCCAUACGUGCUUCUGCUGAUGGCGUCAGGCUGGCAAGGGAAGUGCUGGUGUUGCAGCAGUGCCGUUGCUCAAGUCUGAUUACUCAGAUAAAUCCUUCCAUUGUUUCAAAGUGUGUCCCUAGUCCUGUUUUUGUUCCUCUUCAGAGUUAUCAGCUAGCAGGUCUUAUUGAGGUUUCUCAUCAAGAUGUUACUGCAGCAGCUUUAAAAGAGGAACAUGGAGGAGAGAAGGUUCACCAGCCCCCACCAGCAGAGCACAAAGCUCUCCAGAACUGGCACCAUCAUAUGACAAUGAGGAAAAAGCAGGAGAAACAUCUGGGAGAAAUUCUUCAGAGGCCAGAGAAUGAAUUGCUGAUGAACACCUCGGAGGAUUACAGACAAAUCCAGGAAGAACGUGACCUCAUUGACCGGUGUCUCCCUGCCCUGCUUCCUGGAAAGGGCUACCGAAGAGGAAGUGAAUUCUGGAGACAGCCCGAGCGUAUUGGAGAUGAAGUCACUGGCCUGACGAUGACACUGACUCAGAGAGAAUGUGGCUACCCAGAGCCAGUCACUCAUGUGGGGAAACCCCGCAGCAUCCAGAUGGAAAUGGGUCUGAAGCCUCCAAAGAGGAUCCCUUUCCAUCUAACCUGGCAUAAGAGUCUUUUCCUGAAUGAGCGACAGCAGGAGCUAAAAUCUGUCCUAGAGGAGCUAGAUUUUUAUAAGCCGGAUCUGGAUGGACUGGAGGUGAUUGGUAAAGGGCAGCCUUUCACAUCUGUCUCAACAGAGCCUUUUCCACCUUCCACCCCUUCUGAAGAAUCUGUGACCCUCAGUGAUUCCUUAAGGGACUGCCCCAGUGUGGUUCCAGAAGGAGUAGUGGGUCCGUCUUUAGAUUUCUGUGGCCAGCCUGCUCGUUGGAUCGACGGCACCACUUCUCGCAGGGAUGAAAUUGGCAUUGCUGCCCGGCUCACCUUUGAGACUUUGGUCGGUGAGAAAGCUGAAAGCUCCCUGAUGGUGAGCAACGAUGGCACAACUGCCAUCUGGUAUGACUGGAUGAGGCUUCCCCAGAAGAUUCCCUCCAGAGAAACGAAGGGGAUAAGGAUGCCGUGCUUUUACUUUGAUAUCAGAUCUGGUGUAUUGUUGCCCGGGGAAACUAGGAAAUUUUCCUUUAUUUUCAAGUCGGAGAGUGCAGGCAUUUUCAGCGAGUCCUGGGAAUUUAGGACACAUCCUCUGUUAUUAGGAGGAGCUCUGCUGCAGGUGACCCUUUGGGGAAUUGCUGUGUAUGAGGAUAUAUUUGCUGACCUCAGAGAGAAACUGGAGACUGACCUGGCUGCUCGAGAAGGUGCUGCUGUAGUAGAAGAGUAUCUGAAGAAGCAUCUUGUCCAACCACCUCGUGUCCGGACCCCAGAGCGCUCUCCAUCUCCUGUGGAUACCUAUGUCACAGAGGAAGAGUUGUUCCACUGGAAGAAUCCUGAGUUUCAUUAUCAGCAUCAAGUGGUAAAGCGGCUGCAUGAACUGUGGAGAUGGUACAUGACUGUUCCUUCAGCCUCUGAGGAGAAAGUGCCCUCGCGCCAGAAGAGCACCGUGGAGGACACUCAGCACCAGGAGAGAACCUCGGAGGCUCUCCCUGCUCAGAGCAGCACCACAGAGGUGCCAGGUGUGAAGAGCAUGCUUGAGGAGGCAUCCUCAGGAUGGAACCUCUCCCUGGAUGACUUUAAGCAGGCUAUAAAGUCCAUCCCCAAGGAGGAGCAGCGGGAAGCAGCACUGGCCCAGCUCAAUAAGGCAGCACUGGAGCUGCGUCGUAAACGGAGGCCAACUCAGACAGACCUUUUGCAUCAAAUCUGUCUCCAGCUCUGGCGUGAAACGAUCGAUGGUCUGGUGAGUCGCUCCAUGAGGCUGAGAUCCCUGCUUGGCGUGCCUGAGAACACCGUCUAUGUAGAUGGUGUUCCAGAGGAAACAGUGGAAGUAAAGCAACCCAUAAAAGGAGGAAAGGAAGACAGAAUAACCACUAGGAAAGAAGAGAGAAGGCCAUCUGGUAGUAAGGAGAAAGAAGGCAAAAAAAGAACAACAAAGACAGCAGGGAAAGAGAAAGAGGAACGUCCAAGCAGCAGAAAGUUAAAGGAUGAGACAAAGCUGAAAUUGUCCACUUCGCUGCUGGAAGUGAAAGAGGGAGCGCAGCCCGUGGAAGCUCUGACUGCAGAUCGAGUAGAACCUCCUCAAGAGCAGGUGGACCCUGUUUUGUUUCGGACAUACCAGGAAAAACUUUAUGUUGAAGUCUACGGGCUGCUGAAUUCAAUGGUGAGCAAAAUGGUUUCUUUGUUUGAGGACCUAGAGAAAGAAGAUGCUCUAAAGUGGGAGAGCAAAGCCCUGUGUGACUAGAAAUAGACUUACUUUUACAAAAUAAAUAAAUAACCAUAUUUACACAGA